AUUGUCAUAUUAUCUUGUCACAAAAUGUUUGUCGUUUGUAAGUUCGACAAGAAUUUCUAAUAAGUAUGCUGUAUUUUAGAUGAUAUUAGUUUUAAUGUAGAAUAUCAAAGUAUUUUGGAAUAGAAAACUGACACUGAUUUAAAAUGGAUAGUACAAUUUCACCCGUUAGCGAAGUUUUUAUAAACAAUGGUGAAAUUGAAUGGCAACCACUUGCUCUCACUUUAGUUGAAUAUCCAAAGGGUGAUCUAAUAGGUAAAUUUUUUGCACUCACCAGCUUAGCACCAUUUGGAAUUGGCGCUGGGUUUGUUACUCUAAUACUCUUUAGAAGGGAUCUUCACACAAUUGCAUUUUUUAUUGGCACAUUAAUCAAUGAGGCUCUAAAUAUUGUUUUGAAACAUUUAAUUUGUGAAUCAAGACCACUAGCAAGAGGACAUUUAUAUAAUGAAUAUGGAAUGCCAUCAUCACAUGCUCAAUUUACAUGGUUUUUUAGCAUUUAUGUCUUAUAUUUCUUUAUAAUAAGGCUGCAUCAUAUAAACAAUAAUAGUAUUAUAUCAGCAGUAUGGAGGGUUGUUAUAGUAGGCAGCUGUUUGGCUCUAGCUUUAAUUGUGAGUAUAGGACGAGUGUACCUACACUACCAUACUACAGCACAAGUAGUUGUAGGAGGUAUUAUAGGAUUCAUGUUUGCAACUAUAUGGUUCACUGUAGUACAUAGAGUACUAACACCGUAUUUCCCUCAACUAGUAAGUCUUAAGCUAUGUGAAAUGUUAAUGAUAAGAGAUACAACAUUAAUUCCCAAUGUGUUGUGGUUCGAGUACACCACAUCAAGACAGGAAGCUAGGACUCGUGGUCGCAAGAUGGCCGCGUUGAAGCCGACCCAAUGACGGUGCGCCUGCGCACGCUCCACGUACUGCAGCUUAAAGCGCGCGUGACGCUUGAUAGCCGCCGGAGUCAUAGCGCUUCUUGGCGGCUUUAUUAUAACAAAAUCAGAACCACGUUCAAUAUUAUCAUAUUGAAAAUUA